GGAAAAGCCACCAGAAGAUCUGCUCCAUUCCCCUCUUGCUUCUUGCAGGAUGUGUAAGGAACUUGCUUCGAUAGCUUUCUACAGGGCUGUCUUCGCCGAGUUGCUGAUCACCGCCAUCUACGUCUUUUUUGGCUUGGGGUCCGUUCUGGAUUGGCCCGAGACACCCUCCAUCCUCCAGACUGCCAUCACUUUCAACUUGGCAGCAGCUGUAGCUGUCCAGAUUGCCUGGCAAGUGAGUGGAGCCCACAUCAAUCCAGCGGUGACUGUGGCCUUCCUGCUCGGCUCUCGUGUCUCGUUGGUGAGGACUGUCUGCUACGUGGUGGCCCAGCUGGCUGGAGGAAUUGUUGGGGCAGCCGUCCUUUAUGCGGUGACCCCUGGGAAUGUGCGGGGAAAUAUGGGCAUCAACAAGGUGAUCAUCCAUAUUUCAAGUGGACAGGCUGUUGCAGUUGAGCUCAUCUUGACCCUACAGUUGGUUCUGUGUUAUUUUGCAUCCACAGAUACCCAACGCAGUAAGGGCUCCCCUGCUGUCAUCAUUGGCAUCUCGGUUGCCCUGGGCCACUUGGUUGGGCAUUACUACACUAGAUGCUCCAUGAAUCCAGCCAGAUCCUUUGGUCCUGCUGUUAUAACUGGGGAUUUUCUUCAGCAGUGGAUCUUCUGGGUGGGCCCCUUAAUUGGUGCAGUCUUGGCAUCUGUCCUUUACAACUUUGUCAUUUACUAUGACCAUAAGCCCUUCAGCCAGAGACUGUCCAUUCUCAAAGGCAGCUACGAUGGAGAAGAGCUGAAGGCGCAGGAGGAGAACGCUCAGAAAGAAACCCUGUCGUUGCCCAGUCUGGUGCAUAGACUGUAGCCUCUUCAGUCUCCGUGGAGAGGAACUUUGGGAUGGGCUCAGCAAGAGAUGGAUCUGUAGGUGGUGAUCCCAUAAGCAACCGCUAGAGGGCUCCAGGUGCCUUUCCUCUGAAGUGUUGACUUGCCAUGUGGAUUUUGUUACAUUCUCAUCAAGAGGCGCCUGGCAGGAGCUGGUCCUUUGUUGCCCUGCGAUUGGAAGCUGCCAUGUGGGUAGCUUAAGAACUCUAUUCAGGAAAUUGAAAAGGGCUACUUUCAGCAUAAAGCAAAUAUGAACCUGACGGCUAUGAACUGCAGUGCCAAACGCGCAGCUUGCUUGAGGUUUAAACUUGUCUUUUUCCAGGCAGGUUUUUUUUUUCAGAGGAUAAGCAAAAGUUACUUGGAUAAAUAGCCUGGAUGCUGGCGGGAUCCUUAGGGGACGAAUGAACCAUUUCACCAAUGCUGCAUCUCAUGCAGUAAAAAAAUGUAAAGGUUCCCCUCGCACAUAUCUGAUAGUCGUUCCCAACUCUAGGGAGCAGUGCUCAUCUCCGUU